CAGAUCAGACCUCGUCUUUAUAUUGGCUUCAGAGCUGGAAAAGCACUCAGUCGUCGCGGGGGAGAUGAAAUAACCGCUUGUGAAGAUGAUGCGCGGAUACAGAACGACUCCCGUCUCCAACUCGACUCUGUCCUUCUGUGGCUCUGAUAACUCCUCAGCAUAUAAGGUUGAUAAUGGCCUGCUGAAUAACGGCUGCUUUCUGGACGCUCUCGGUGUCGUCCCUCAUGUCUUCUUGCUGUUUAGCACCUUCCCCAUCCUCUUCAUCGGUUGGGGCAGUCAGAGCUCUAAGGUUCACAUUCAUCACAGCACGUGGCUUCAUUUCCCCGGUCAUAACUUCCGCUGGCUGCUCACCAUCGUCCUGCUCUUUGUGCUGGUGUGUGAGAUCGCUGAGGGAAUCGUGUCGGACGGGUUUAAUCAGUCCCGUCAUCUCCACCUCUACAUGCCGGCAGGACUCGGGAUACUGGCUGCCAUCACGUCCAUCGUCUAUUACCAUAACAUAGAGACCUCCAACUUCCCCAAGCUGCUUAUAGCAUUGCUGAUCUAUUGGACUUUGGCCUUUAUCACCAAAACCAUCAAGUUUGUGAAGUAUGACGAUCACGGCAUCGGUCUGAGGCAGCUGCGUUUCUGCAUCACAGGGCUGCUGGCGCUUCUGUACGGCUUGCUGCUGGGAGUCGAGGUCAAUGUGAUACUGCGGAGGCGCUACAUGUGGUUUCCGUGUCCCACAGAGGUCAAGUUCGUUAACCUGCUGUCUAAGAGCACAUACUGGUGGAUGAACACCUUCAUCACUUCCGCACACAAGCGGCCCAUCGACCUGAAAACCAUCGGCAAGCUGCCCAUUUCCAUGAGAGCUCUCACCAACUUCCAGCGGCUCCGCAAGGCCUUCGACGUGCAAGCGGAGAAGGGUCCGGUCCCUCUGAAGGGCUCGCGGUGGAUCUGGCUCGCUCUGCGUCAAGCGUUCGGCCGGCCGCUGGUGCUCAGCAUCACCUUCCGCUUCAUAGCCGACCUGCUGGGCUUCGUCGGGCCGCUCUGCAUCUCGGGGAUUGUUCACCACAUCAGCAGCGACAAUCACAGCGCUCUGCCUCCGGUACCAAUGCAAAUAAUACAGCAUACACAGGAGCUAUUCGGACCGUUAAGAUGUGAAGCUGCUCGGAGUGCACUUCAUCUCAUUGUGAUGGGGGUUCUGCUGCUGUAUUCUCUGCUGGGGGUCAGCGCUCUGAUCGGUGCGACCGUCAUCGUGGUUCUGGCUCCUCUGCAGUAUUUUGUGGCCACUCGACUCUCACGGGCACAGAAGAGCACGCUGGAGCACACCGGCAAAACCAACGAGCUGCUGCGGGGAAUCAAGCUGCUGAAGCUGUACGCGUGGGAGCACAUCUUCAGGUCCAGCGUGGAGGAGACGCGCAGACAGGAGCUGAGGAACCUGCGCACGUUUAUUGUGAUGGGGGUUCUGCUGCUGUAUUCUCUGCUGGGGGUCAGCGCUCUGAUCGGUGCGACCGUCAUCGUGGUUCUGGCUCCUCUGCAGUAUUUUGUGGCCACUCGACUCUCACGGGCACAGAAGAGCACGCUGGAGCACACCGGCAAAACCAACGAGCUGCUGCGGGGAAUCAAGCUGCUGAAGCUGUACGCGUGGGAGCACAUCUUCAGGUCCAGCGUGGAGGAGACGCGCAGACAGGAGCUGAGGAACCUGCGCACGUUUGCGCUCUACACGUCCCUCUCCAUCUUCAUGAAUGCUGCCAUCCCAAUCGCUGCUGUUGUCAUAAUCUUUGCGGUUCACGUGCACAUGCACAGCGCUACAGACUUCGAUCUGUCUCUCGCUGUGGCGUUCGGCUCGCUGUCGCUCUUCCACAUCCUGGUGACGCCUCUCUUUCUGCUCUCCAGCGUCCUGCACUCCACCGUCAAAGCUCUGGUCAGAGCCCAGUAUAUGAGUGGAAGACAGUCCCUCAAGAAGAGAGGUUCGGUGGCGUACGCCUCCCAGAGGCCGUGGCUCUUGAACGCUACGGUGGAGGAGAACAUCUUGUUUGACAUGGUCCCCAAUGAGAAGAGAUAUAAGGAGGUGAUUGAGGUUUGUCAGCUGCAGCCAGAUAUCGACACGCUGCCGCAGGGAGACCAGACGGUGAUCGGAGAGAGGGGCAUCAUUCUGUCCGGCGGCCAGCGGCAGCGGAUCAGCGUGGCUCAAGCUCUUUAUCAGCAGACUAAUGUGGUUUUCCUGGACGAUCCGUUUUCAGCUCUGGACAUUCACCUCAGCGAUCACCUCAUGCAUGAAGGAAUCCUCAAGUUACUUCGGCAGGAGAAGAGGACCGUCGUGUUGGUCACUCACAAACUGCAGUAUUUACCUCAUGCAGACUGGAUUAUAGCCAUGCGGGAUGGGACGGUGCAGACACAAGGGACCUUAAAGGACAUCCAGUGUGCCGAACCUGAACUGUUUGAACAGUGGAGAACCCUGAUGAACAGACAGGACAAAGAGAACACCACAGAACUGAAGAGGAAGAGUUUCAGGCGGGCCAUGUACUCUACAGAUACUCUGGCCACCGAGGACGAGGACGAAGAGAGUUCCACCAGCACCGAUGAGGACAGCCUCAGGGCGGAGCUGCGUCACAGGACCACUAUCCCCUGGAGCUCGUUUGCCACGUACCUGCGCGCCGCGGGUCUGCUGCUGCUGCCGCUGCUCGUCCUCUCGCAGCUGUCCAAACACUCGCUGAUGGUCGCCAUUGACUUCUGGCUCGCGCACUGGACGUCCCGUGUCAUCGCAGCGCAGAUCGAGAGCACCGAGAGGAACUGCACCGACACAAAGGACUGUGAGUUCAGUCACUCGUCGUACCUGCAGGUUUUCUGCGGUCUGUGCGCUCUGGCCAUCGUCCUGUGUCUCGUCACGUCUCUGGCGGUGGAGUGGACGGGUUUGCGUGUUUCCCGAGAGCUUCACUGCAGCCUCCUGCGCACCAUCGUCCUCGCACCCAUGAGGUUAUUUGAGACGACGCCCCUGGGGAACAUCCUAAACCGAUUCUCAGCGGACACCAACACAAUCGAUCAGCACAUCCCGGUGACUCUGGAGUGUCUGAGCCGCUCGACUCUGCUGUGUGUGUCCGCGGUGGGCGUCAUCUCUUACAUCACGCCACUCUUCCUCAACGCUCUGCUGCCGCUGACUGUCGCCUGCUACUUCAUUCAGAAGUACUUCAGGGUGGCGUCCCGGUUAGUCACAGAGUAUUAAA